AUGAAGGCCUGCAUUGUUGGCACUGGCGCAUCCGGCCUCAUCACGGGACGUACGCUCCUCGCCUUCUCCCACGAUGUGACGGUCAUCAAGCGCAACAGCGAGGUGGGCGGGGCAUGGAUCAAAGGGCUGCGCUACCUCGGCGUAACGCUACAGGCCAUGGUCUGCGGGAAGGAAGUGAACGUCGGCUACAGCAAGAGCGCAUGCGACGUCGCAAAGGCCUGGCACGUUCUCGGCAAGGCGCUGUUGGAGUACAUUACGCUACCCAGUCCCUUCAAAUAUCUCCUGCACCGCACGCCAAUGCGUGUCAUACGAAAUGCUCUCGUCGAAUCAUUCCGCACCGCCAUCAAUUUCCAAUUCUGUCUCUCGAGACUGGGCCUCCAUCCCAACAAGCGCUUUGCGACCAUUGCGCGCGCGAGCAUCUCGUUCGCCACCGAGGGGUUCUACGAGUGCGCUUGCAAAGGCACAAUCCGCGACACGCAGUAUGUGACCAUCCAAGAAUUACGUGCUUCUACCUCGGAACGUCAGCGCAGCGCGUUGCUUUCUGACGACAACACAUUUCCCGUCGUUGUCCCCGGCCUUGCUUUCAACGGCUACAAGUCCAGCCUUUUCUGCACGAUUGCGAGCGAGGUUGCAGCGCUGUGGGUCUUCGAAUACAUCCACAGCGACGAUGCAGGCGCUGCUGCUGGCACGCAGGACGCCGAUCAGGCGCAAGACACGUUCCACCGGCUCGACGAGCAUUCCAAGGACAAGCACGCCAAGGUGACGAACUUCGUGCCAUUCUCGAUGCAUGCCGUCAAUGAGCUGCUGAGCGACCUGCGGCUCUACAUCAGCAUGGACUCGCGCGGCUUACUGGAACCUUUGCUGAGGCGUACGGAGGGCAAGACGCUGGACGCAGCGGAGCGUCAUUGGGACAAGACGAUGGUGUAA